AUGAGAGAGACAGAGGAAGAGAUCCUUAUUUUUGGGCAAUCCAUUCUAAAUUCCGAGAAACUGCAACCAAAUUAUCUGAACAAUUAUCAUCAACUGAAUUCCAAAAAAUUUGCACCCGUUUUUGUUCGGGUUGAACUUAUUAUUACUCCACUAUCUUAUGUGUGA